AAUGUUAUAAGGCUCCCGUACACAGCCUCUCCCUGAGCCGUCUUCCGCCCUCCGAGUACACAGCUGUAUUUCCGGUAUAGAUGGAGGGCGGCAGCAGCAGCUCCACGGUGCUGUACGUGCUGGCGGCUCAGCUAUAUGCCGUAUACUCGCAACCCCCGCUACCCCUGGUCGUCACCACAUGGCCCUUCCACAGCGCCACCCAGGCAGCUUGGAAAGCUCUGUCGGCUGGUGGGUCUGCCCUGGAUGCUGUAGAGAAGGGCUGUGCCCAGUGCGAGGUUGACCAGUGUGAUGGCACUGUGGGAUAUGGAGGGAGCCCUGAUGAAUCUGGAGAAACAACACUGGAUGCUAUGAUCAUGAAUGGAAAUACAAUGGAAGUUGGGGCAGUAGCCAAUCUUAGAAGAAUUAAAAAUGCCAUAGGUGUGGCCAGAGCGGUCAUGGAGCACACAAAGCACACAUUUCUAGUUGGGGAAUCUGCCUCCCUCUUUGCUGAGAGUAUGGGUUUUGUGUGUGAAGACUUAACCACCAACAGAUCCUUAUCCAUUUACUCGAAAUGGCUCGUUCAGAACUGUCAACCAAAUUUUCGGAAGAAUGUGACUCCAGAUCCUACAAAAUCCUGUGGCCCUUAUAAGCCAAUAAGAGGUUUACCAGAAGGAAAAACUUCCUCCCUACAGAAUGAAGUGGAUUUACACAGCCAUGAUACUAUUGGAAUGAUUGCAGUUGAUAGAAAUGGAAAUGUUGCGAGUGGAACCUCUACAAAUGGAGCAUCUCACAAAAUUCCUGGACGGGUGGGAGACUCACCAUUGAUUGGAGCCGGAUCCUAUGCAGACAGCUCAGUUGGUGGAGCGGCAGCUACUGGAGAUGGGGACACCAUGAUGCGAUUCUUACCAAGUUAUCAAGCAGUGGAGAAUAUGAGGAUGGGAGCAGACCCCACGACAGCAUGUCAGAAGGCUAUUUCUAGGAUUCAGAAACAUGUUCCAGUCUUUUUUGGUGCUAUCGUUUGCGCAAAUAGGACAGGAAGUUAUGGUGCUGCCUGCAGUAAAGCGCCGGGCUUCACUCAGUUUCACUACUCAGUCUUUAAACCUGGUCUGUCUCAGCCUCUGGAGGAGAUGGUGGACUGUCUAUAGUUUCUUAAAACCAUUUACUAUAAUGCAAAUAACGGUUGCGGCAAUUCAACUAUUUGUUUACUGUGUACUGUAUAUUAGAAAAUGGUAUGUGUAUAUAUAAUAUAUUUCAGCAGCAUAAUGUGGCAUUCAAGAAAAUCUAAAACUAGACAGACAACUAAAUGCAAGGCUAAUGAAAAAAAAACACUUAUGUUACUUUACUUUAUUAUGCACAUUAUUGUUGCACAUUCUUUACCUUUACAUGCUUGCACUAUAUGCUUUCCCUAGAAUAUUUUAUAACCCAACUAUCAUUUCCUUUUUAAAGAGUAUUCUGUUAAAAAAAAAAAAAAAUAAGACUAUAACCCCAGGAUCUCUAACUCACCAAUAUAGUGCUAUCGCAAAUUGCAAUGGCUUUAGCAUGCUUUGCUCCUGACAGGAAAUAAUGUAGUUUAGGGUAGUGUGUAGAGAUGAGCGAACUUACAGUAAAUUCGAUUUGUCACGAACUUCUCGGCUCGGCAGUUGAUGAC